AUGCCUCCACGACGAGACACUGCGAAAACUCCGACCGGCGGUCGGAUAACAGGGUUUCGGCAGGAGGAGGAAGGGACCGCGCCGUUCGCGGAGCAGGUCAGGACCCGCUACCUCUCGAUGCCCGUCGCGGAUCUCGAAACCGGCGAAAUCAUCCUGGACAGGAACGCCCCCAUAGACGACGACGUAAUCAGAAGGCUCGAGGAAUCUAGCGUCGAGGCCGUGUUCAUACGCUCGCCGAUGACCUGCGAGGCUCCGCGCGGCAUCUGCCAGAGGUGCUACGGCAUGUCCCUGGCUACAAUGAGACCUUCCAUGAUAGGCGAGGCCGUCGGAAUCAUCGCGGCCCAGAGCAUCGGUGAACCGGGUACCCAGCUGACGAUGCGCACCUUCCACACCGGCGGUGUCGCAGGACAGGACAUCACCAGCGGUCUUCCCAGGGUCGAAGAAUUAUUCGAAGCGCGCACUCCGAAAGGCCAGGCAGUGCUGUCCGAGAUCGACGGCGUCGUCGAAGUGUCCGAACUCACCGAAGGGCGCAGUAUCCGCGUGACCAGCUCUGAAGAGUAUGCUGACGAGUACAUUCUGCCCGAGGGCUUCACGGCUGUCGUUGAGAAUGGCUCCAUUGUAGGACUCGGAGAGGUGCUCGCCGAGCCGGACGGGACCACAGAGAUGGAAACCGAUGAGAUCGCCCUGAUGUCCAGCGACGUCAUGGCCCGCGUGUCUGGCAUUGUGUCCGUCGAGGACAACGUCCUGACCAACGCCUGGACAGACGAGGAUCAGAGGGAGUACGUCAUACCCGCUGCGUCACGCAUUGCAGUCAAGUCGGGCGAUAGUGUGACAGCAGGACAGGCGCUUACCUUCGGUCCCAAGAACCCACAGCAGAUACUACUGAUACAGGGCAGGGACGCCGUCCAGCGCUACCUCAUUGACGAGGUGCAGAAAGUCUAUCGCUCCCAGGGCGUGCCGAUUCACAACAAACACGUCGAGCUGAUUAUCUCCCAGAUGCUGCGUAAGGUGCAGAUCGACGACCCUGGCGACACCGACCUCCUUCCAGGCGAGUACGUGGACAGGCAGAAGUACGAAGAGGUGAACGCGGAGGUCCUCGCCGAGGGCGGAGAGCCCGCGACCGCCACGCCUGUUCUGCUCGGCAUCACCAGGGCAUCGCUCAACAUGGACAGCUUCCUCGCAUCGGCCUCCUUCCAGGAGACACGGGGUGUCUGCCGA